GCACUCCAGCUUACACGUGUGUUUCCACCGCGUCGAUCUGUCCAUUGUCUGCUCCCGCAGGUUUAUACGCCCAAAUCGGUCUCCUUUCUUCAUUCACUUCCUCUUCCCAGAGUAGUGACCAGACAUGGACUGUACCGCUCUGAAGGAUCUUUCUUCAGACUCUUUCCGAGCAAAGAUCAAGGUUCGAUUUGCUAGAGUUUGGGAAUUUAGAAGCCCAGAUAAGACAGCUCUGUAUACGGUUGAUUUCGUCGUUGUUGAUGAGGAGAAAUCCACAAUGAAAGGUUGGAUCCCAGGAAAGAGGUGGGACCAGUUUAAAGAUGUAAUAAAAGAAGGAUCUGUGUAUACUGUUGAAAAGUUUGAUUUGGCUAAACCAAAGAAGAACUACCGUUCAGUGGAUAAUCCUAUAAGGAUCUGUUUCACUUGGAGGACAAAAGUGGCAGAGAUCGUGCCAGCACCUCAAAACUUUCCUAUGUUUGCUUACACUGCUCUUCCCUUGAACAUGUUAUCAGAUCGAGUUGACAACAUUAUUACUUUAUCUGAUGUGGUUGGGCUGGUGAACAAAGUGACGCCCUGAUACGUCUCCAACGUA